AUGCAACGAACUUCUAAAUCUCGAAAUAAAUCUUCUAAAAAACCAUCAACAACAUCUGAAACAGUUCCUUCUCUUCCUCCAUCAAAUCCUAUAAUCACAACACCUGAUCAUCCAGGUUGUUGGCGUAUUAUUAAAAAUGAAAUCACAUCAUCCUCACAAAUCCCAUCAAUAAAUACCAAUCAUCCAUCAAUAAUCUAUCGCAAUAGUAUAUUCUCAAUUCAUGAUCGUAAUUAUACAAGAUUAUCUUUUCAAAAUUAUAAUAAACGCAUUGAACCAUUAAUGAUAAAAUAUGGUCUUAAAGAAGAUAAGAAUAAUUUAGAAGAUGGUGAAAUAGAUCCAGAUGAUAAUGAUGAUGAUGAUGAAAAGGAAAAAAUAACUAUAAAUGACGACGAUAUUGAACCUAAACAUGCCACAACUUUAGGAAAAACAAUAAGAAAAAAAUUUAAUAAAAAACCUUUUUCUCGUGUACAAUUCGAUAAUAAAUCACGUAUUACUAAACGUAAACGAAGAACACGUCCCACAACUUCAUCAGAUUAA